GGCUGACUGUCAGUGUGACUUGGGUCCAGGGGUGUGAGGAGAGAGGCAGGAGGGAGGGCAGUUCUUGGAUGAGUGGUGCCUGAGCAAUCUCCUUUCCUUCAAUACUUUGAGGGCUCAGAGGAAAAAACAAUUAGAUAAGCAUCUUUAAUUUCCUUUAGGUAAAAUCUUGCUCAUUUUAGCAAAAUUGCAUUUAAUAUCGAGAGGGCUUUUGUGGGAGAAAGAUUAAUCAGAGGAAACUCUCCAGUUUAAGGAAAAGCUCCUGCUGUGGUCUUUGAAGAUGUUUUAAUUUUAUGAAAUCAAAGGAACAGAACUCUCAGGCACAUGUUAAACCUGUCUCCAUGCUCUCGAAAGCAUCUCCUAGACUUGGUAUUGAUUGGUGGGUGUCUGGUUUCCUGGCAGAUCAGGAACGUGGGGCAGCCCCCUAACCUUAUCUCUUCUAGAGGAUGGUUCUGUGGGUUUCGAGAAGGACGCGGAAAUAAGUCUUCCAUGUUCCGAUGGGACAGCAGUGAAUAUAAUUUUGGCUAAUUCCCUGGAGCCAUUAGAAUCUUCAGCUGUGCCUCCCAAGACUGUCACCUUCUUUCCAGGGCCAGAUGUUGCCAAGUCCAGGGUAACAACAACUGACAUAUGAAUAGGUUGGGAGUGGCAUUUAGUGGAGGGAUAUGUUUUAAACUUUGCUUCAGAGUUACCCUGGGAUAUAUCGAUCAGGGUUGUAAAUACUUGGGUGUACACUCAACCUACGGCAGUGCAGUAGAGCAGGGGAACAAGUUCGAGGGGAAAGCAAAGAGCCAAGCCAGUCCACCCAAGCUCAUAGCGCAUUAUUCACAACAGGUAAAUACUGGCAGCAACACACGUGUCCAUGGAUGGCUGAAUGGAUAAACACAGCAUGUUAUUUGCAUGCAAUGGAGUAUUACUCAGCCUUAAAAAGGAAGGAGAUUCUGACACCUGCUACAACACGGAUAAGCUUUGGUGAUAGUAUGCCAAAGGAGAUGAGCCAGUCACAGAAGGACAAACACUGUAUGAUGCCACUUAGACAAAGUACUGAGAGCAGUCAGAUUCAGAAAGACACGAUGGAGAACCAGGGUUGCCUGGGACUGAGGGAGGGGGAGGGGGAGCUGGUGUUUAAUGGGGGCAGAGUUUCCCUCUGGGAAGAUGAAAAGCCCUGGAGACGGAUGGUGGUGAUGGUUGCUUCGUACUGCUGAAUUGCACACGCUAAAGAUAGUUAACAUCUUGUGAGUAUUUUGCCACAAUUAAAAAAAAUUUAAUUCCCUUAAAAAGCAAAAAGAAAAAAAGGCCAGACCAAAACCACAAAUCUCAUGGGCUGAAGUCUUGCCUCUCAGAGACUUCCUCAAACUCUGACAACCCCCUGAGGGCCUCUAGAUCUGAGCUGAAAACUUCUGCAUGGACUCUAUUUAGAACUUUCUCCUCAUGACGGUCUUAAAAAUAGAAAGGAAGAAAGGAGCUGCUGGCAUUGGUGCAGCUCAAAGGCCGUCACAGCUGAAGGGAGGGUUGUGACCUGCGGAGGCGCCGGAGAGCAGCCUCCCACCCAGCGGGCUCCCUUAUUUAGACAUUUUCAAAGGAAAUGGAGUUACCUUAAAGUCUCAAAGGGGGUGCAAAAGCCUCGGAAGAAGCUCAUGCCGCGGGGCUCUGCCAGGAGGAAGCCGGCGGCAGGACCCUCGCCGGAGGCCCAGCUGGUACAGCAUGGAGCGCUCAAGGAAGAUGGAGUUCUUCCAGAAGCUGGGCUACGGCCGGGAGGAUGUGCUCAGGGUGCUGGACAAGCUGGGUGAGGAUGCUCUGGUGAAUGACGUGCUGCAGGAGCUGAUCCAGACUGGCAGCCGCCCCAGCGCCCACCAGAGCAGUGCUGCACCUGCGCCCCUGCUUGUCCCCAGGGGCUGCUGCGGGACCCCGGACUCCGCCCAGCGCGGGCUGGCGGUGGACCUGGAGCAGGAGAGCGGAUGCCCAGCCAGUUCCUUGCGACCCAUAGUGAUCGACGGCAGCAACGUGGCAAUGAGCCACGGAAAUAAAGAAGCCUUCUCUUGCCGGGGAAUCCAGCUGGCUGUAGACUGGUUCAGGGACAGAGGACACACCUACAUCAAAGUUUUUGUGCCUUCCUGGAGGAAAGACCCACCGAGAUCUGAUACCCCGAUCAGAGAGCAGCACGUGCUGGAGGAGCUGGAGAGGCAGGCGGUGCUGGUGUACACGCCGUCCCGCAAGGUGAGCGGCAAGCGGGUGGUCUGCUACGACGACCGCUACAUCGUGAAGGUGGCCUACGACCAGGACGGGGUCAUCGUCUCCAAUGACAACUACCGCGACCUGCAAAGCGAGAACCCCGAGUGGAAGUGGUUCAUCGAGCAGAGGCUGCUCAUGUUCUCCUUCGUCAACGACCGGUUCAUGCCUCCUGAUGACCCUCUGGGCCGUCGGGGCCCCACCCUGAACAACUUCCUGAGCAGGAAGCCAAAGCCCCCAGAGCCGUCCUGGCAGCACUGCCCCUACGGCAAGAAAUGCACCUAUGGCAUCAAGUGCAAGUUCUACCACCCAGAGAGGCCGCACCAUGCGCAGCUGGCGGUGGCCGACGAGCUCCGCGCGCAAACGCGGGUCUGGCGGAGCGCGGGCGGCGAGCAGGGCGUCUCCUGGGGCGGCCCCAUCGCCCGGUCGGGCCCCCGGGAGCCAGGAGCGCGCAGCCUGCCCCCCGCGCGGCCGCUGCCGGACGUGGCGACUCUCGAAGGCAGCUUCUCGCGGCUCGCCCUCAGCGACGACUCGGGGCUCCUCCGGGCGACCCCUCCUCCCCGGCCGAGCUGUCCCGACUGGAGGGUACCUGGGCUCCCGUCGUCCCAGCCAGCCCCUCCCGGCCCGCGGGGUGGAUCGCGCCAAGGCGCCUCGAAGAGCGACCGGUGUCCUCCGCGGCCCGCCGACCCAUGGGCCCUCCCUCCCGGGGCCGGCCGGCUCCUGGACCGCUCGUCCUGGGCAGAGUCGGGCUGGGACGAUACAGCCUUCGGAGGACAUUUGGGGUCCGCGGCCCAGGUCCGGGCGGGCGAGGUGGACGCGCGCGCCCAGGCACGCACGGUGCUCUGCAGCAUCUUCCCGUCCCACCAGGUGGACAGCGUCAUGGCCCUCUUCCCCGCGCUCUCGGAUGUCACCAGGCUCAUCUUCCUCAUCCAGAGAUUCCAACGGUCGGGUGAGCCCAUGGGCAAACCCUUAGGAGCUAGUCGGGGCCACCGCAUGUGAUGUCCCAGUCUUGCCUUGUAGCCUGACCUGGCUGCCGUCGGUGGUCCACUCACCCUGUGGACCCUCUUCUUUAAAGAUGGCCGGAGAAGCCAGCUUCUUUGUCCUCUGUGGUACCCCUGGUGGCGCUUGGUGACCUUCACUGAUGACACAGGGGCUGAUGCUGGAGGUCCAUGUCCUGCAGAAUAAGGUGGGCCACUUCGUGGAGGGAGUGAUUUCUCAGGCUCGAAGACUCUAUAAGGCCCACUAGGACCCCAAAGGUUUGUCUGGACACUCCCCAGCUGUUUUUGUCCAGCUGCAGCUGGGAGCCAGAGGUGGGUCACAAGAUGAAUUAGUGGGUCUUCACACCUGAAAUCGAAUGGAAUUGGAAAUUACAGAGCACACCCCACACAAUCAGGCUAAGUAGGAAGCUUUUCUAGCUACGGGUGUGCCUGUGAAUCACGGGUGGUGUCCCCCGUGAUGCCUCGCAUCUUUUUCAAUCAACUUCUUAGCGUGGAUUCUGCCAGGUCUCUUCCUCACUUUUUUUUUCUUUUUUUUUUUUUCUUGAAGAGGGCACCCACAAUUGUACCUUAUUAUUUUGGGACCUCAGUCCUGAAGAGGACCUACUCCUUCUAGAUACAUUGGAUUUCCCUCAUGGUGUGUUGUUUUGUUUUGUUUCCUUUUGACAAGACAAGCUUUAUGUUAGAGCUGCUUUUGUCUCUUGGGUCUGUUUCCUGACAUGGAAUCCCUGCAUUGCUGAUUUACAGUUAGAGAUGUUUAAACUGCUUCCUUUGAGGACAAGUUUGAGUUUUAGUAAGCUGUAAAGCUAUUUUAUUUGGUUCGCUGUGAUUAAGACACGCACAAAAACAAGUGAAGAAAUAGCACAUUUCAAUGUAAUCCCCUUUGGAUUUUUUUCCAAAGUCUUGGUAUGUCUUUGUGACACAAAACGUGAAUGGGAUGGGUGCAAGAACUGCUCCAGGCUGCAUAGCUGUUACUGUGUUCCAAAAAUAAAUCACUUUACCCACA